AGUGAUGAAGACAACGACUUUCUAAAGACACGGGCCGACACCCGGACCGUGGUGUGAAAGUAGUUCCGGCGGGGCGGGGUCGCGGCCUCUGUCCGCGGCGGCUCUGGCGCCAAGUUCGGUUUGGCGGCUCCGGACCGGAGUGAGGCCGGGGUCGCCAUGUGGGCCGGGAGGAACCGAGCGGCCCGGGACUUUUACACCCGCCUUCUGCAGGAAUUUAAUGAAGAAAAGAAAGGAAGCUGUAAAGACCCAUUUGUCUAUGAGGGUGAUAUCCAAGUGCAGUUGAUCAGCAAAGGUCAAGCAAAUCCUCUGAAAAACAUUCUAAAUGAAAAUGAGCUAGUAUUCAUUGUGGAAAAAGCGCCUUUAGAAAAGGAAGAAACAAGUAGUAUUGAAGAACCACAAUCUGAAGAAACAGUUAUUUCUAAUUUUUCUACCGGUGAGAAUACUGGACCCUUUGCUUUACCAGUUGGAAGAGCAAGGCAGUUAAUUGGUCUUUAUACCAUGGCUCACAACCCUAAUAUGACCCAUUUGAAUAUAAAUCAACCAGCUACUGCCCUUCCUCCUCUUUGGAUAAGAUGUGACAGUUCAGAUCCUGAAGGGACCUGUUGGCUAGGUGCUGAGCUUACCACAGCAAAUGGCAACAUUACAGGAAUUGUCUUAUAUGUGGUCACUUGUAAAGCUGAUAAAAUUUACUCUGUAACUCUGGAAAGUCUAAAACAUUCACACAAGAAAAGACAUCACUUAUCUACUAUAACAGCUGGAGGCUUUGCGCAGUAUGAGCUCUUUAAGUCCUCUGUCUUGGAUGAUAUCGUCAUCCCGUCACAAACUAUGAUCACUUUGGAUAUUUCCUGGAGUCCUGUGGAUGAAAUUCUUCAAAUUCCUCCGCUCUCUUCGACCGCAACCCUGAAUAUCAAAGUGGAAUCAGGAGAGCUCAGAGGUUGUUUGAAUCAUCUUCACAGAGAACUGAAAUUUCUCCUUGUUCUGGCUGAAGGUAUGAAGACUGGUGUAACAGAAUGGCUUGAGCCUCUGGAAGCCAAGUCUGCUGUUGAACUUGUACAGGAAUUUCUGGAUGACUUAAAUAAACUGGAUGGACUGGGUGAUUCUGCAAAAAACGACACAGAGACAGUGAAGCAUGACACAGCUGCAGUUGAUCGGUCUGUGCUUAUCACAGUGCGGGGCGAUCUAGAUUUUGCUGAGCAACUUUGGUGCAAAAUGAGCAGCAGUGUGAUUUCAUACCAAGACCUGGUGAAGUGUUUCACACUGAUCAUCCAGAGUCUGCAGCGUGGGGACAUACAGCCAUGGCUCCACAGCGGGAGUAACAGCUGGCUGAGCAGGCUCAUCCACCAGUCUUACCAUGGAACCAUGGACACAGUGUCCCUCACAGGGACUAUUCCACUGCAGAUGCUCUUGGAAAUCGGCCUGGACAAACUGAAAAAAGAUUACAUCAGUUUUUUCAUAGGUCAGGAACUUGCAUCGUUGAAUCAUUUGGAAUACUUCAUUUCCCCAUCAGUGGAUACCCAGGAACAGAUUCACCGUGUGCAAAAACUCCACCAUAUUUUAGGAAUUCUAGUCAGUUGCAUGCAGUUCAUUAAGUCUCAGCAUGAGCUCCUCUUUUCUUUAACUCAAUCCUGCAUAAGGUAUUAUAAGCAAAAUCCUCUGGAUGAGCAACACAUUUUUCAGCUGCCAGUCAGACCAGCUGCAGUAAAAAAUUUGUAUCAAAGUGAGAAGCCACAGAAAUGGAGAGUGGAAAUCAGUAGUGGUCAAAAGAAGAUUAAAACAGCUUGGCAGCUGAGUGAGAGCGCACCUGUAGAGCACCUGAGUUUUCACAAACCUGAUUUUUCAGAACUAACACUCAAUGGAAGCCUGGAAGAAAGGACUCCCUUCACUACCAUGGUUACCUGCAGCCAGGUGCAUUUCAAGUGACUCCCCUAUCAGGUAUAUCUGUGUUUUCUCCAAAUACAUGGUCCUAUGUUAAAUUCUUUAAUGUUUUAGCUAUUUCUAGGUCAUAAAUGUCAAGUUAACUGUGUGCCAGUGGUUUGUACCUAUAAUCCUAGCUUCUCAGUAAGGCUGAGAUCUGAGGAUUGUGAUUUGA